GGCCCAAGUAUUGCAGUUUUCGUUUUUUGAUUGUAAAUAGUCUUAUAUAAUAUUUAACAAUUCAUAUAAAACAACUAACAAAAACUAAAGAGAAAAAUGAAAACAACUGUCCUAUUUUUCUGUUUUUGCAUCAUUGCAAGCAGUGAAGUCUUUGGUGAAGAAAAUCUUCCAGAAAUCAAAAUAAUUUAUGAAGAUCCGGCAGCUACAGCAGCUAGACCUUUCAGGAAAGAAGAUUGCAGCCUAGGUGUAGAACAAAAAAUAGGUCUAACCAGCUGCCGUGCUGAUAUCCCCGUAUACAGAUGGAGCAACACAGAAAACAAAUGUGUCAAUGAUUUCUACAGCGGCUGCCAUGCUACCAAAAACAACUUCCAACAUAAGGAAGACUGUGUGAAGAUAGCAACCCCAAUUUGUUCUAGUUAAUUGUGAUGUGAAUAAAACUUUAUUGAUACAAUAACUGUUAAUUGGAGACUAUAUAAAAAUAAUGAUAAAAUAUGUUUGUUUGCUUAUUAGACCUUAUA